CUUUACUCAUUUGGUAGGAUAAGUUUUGUGCCAAGUUUUACAUUUGAUGAAGGAAACAGUUUAUGGGCCUGAGUAAACCUUCUUUGUGAAAGGAAGGAAUGUGACAGUCACUGAUUAUUCAAAAUAGAGUUCUUGCCAUUUUCAACAAGGAUUGAUGAUCAAAAUGAUUCUCUUUAAGAAGAGAUGUCCAAGUUAAAUAUGAGAAGAAAAUGCUGGAAUCAGUUGGAUUCUGACAGGUUAAGGAAUACAAUGUUUCACAGUUACUUGUAAUGGAAAAUUUGUGAGAUUCAUCGCUUGUCAUGCACCCAACUGGGAACAUGGAUGUUGGUUUUUCUCGUUCAGCUGUUCAGACACUGUCAAGAAGCCACUGCAAAAACAUUAAACAAAAAAUUUCUCAGUGGGAAGGAAGGACCAAUGGUAUAUCUAAUCCAGAUAAGUGGCAUGCAAAGGACUUUGGAGUGAGAUAUAACUUCCGUGGAGAGAUUCUUCCUAAGAAAAAUCCUGUUGCUGAGGGAAAGCGCAAAAACUCAGACCUAAGCAGUUCUCCAAAUGAGGUUCUAGAUAUAAAUGAAGAUGCCAAAAUCCAUGGUCAAAGUGAGGAUGAAAGUGAGAAACAGGAGUAUGAUGAUGCACACGUCUUGAAAAAUAAAUCAGAGUCCCGCAAGGUAUGUUCUCAGAUCCAACAGAUUGAAAGCUGGAAAAAAGUUGUUUUGGACUCAGAGACUUCAUUACCUCCAGGAAACUUCUAUACCUCACAGUUAUUGUGGAAGAAAAUAGAAGCACUUCCCCCAGAUAAAGUCUUAAAUUUGGCUUUAGAACACUGUGACUCUUCAGAAAAAGAACUGGAUUUCAGAGUUCUGGAUAGUUCAUAUGGAAUAACCAAAAGCUUAGAAAAUAUUUACUCUGAACCUGAAGGGCAAGAAUGUGGUCCUUCUAUAAAUCCUUUGCCAAAACCUCGUAGGACAUUCAGAUAUUUAUCUGAAUCUGGUGUUAUGCCAUAUAAAGAAAGAAACUGUGACAGAAAAUACUGUGAAAAUAAUUCUUGUGCAGAAUCUUCUUUGGCCUCUUCUCAAGAACCUGAACCAAAGAAAUAUGGUGGGAAAAUCAGAGGGAGAUCUAAAAGGAAAUCCUUUGAAUUUGAGGAUAUUCAGCACUUUCGAAAUCGGAAUUCACAGAAGAUUCAUGAACUUGGAAGAAAUUCUGGUUCGGCACUUUAUUACACACAUUCUGAAGACAAUAUCUAUGAGGAUAUCAUAUAUCCUUCCAAAGAAAACCCUUAUGAGGAUAUUCCAGUGCAGCCUUUACCCAUGUGGAGAUCCCCUUCAGCAUGGAAGCUACCACCCCCUAAAAGUACUUUCAGAGCACCAAAGCUUCCUCCCAAACCUCAGUUCCUUCACCGGAAGACUAUGGAACUGAAGAACUCACAAGCUUAUUUACGGUCAAAGCUCACAAAGGAUACCACUUUGCCUGUCACUUUAACUGAGUGGAAGCUCUUCCGCGCCGGAGAAGUUGCAAACAGGAAAAGGAAAAAUCUCCCAAGGCUUGUAUUGAAAAUAGAUGACAUAUUUGAAUCUAAGAGAGGGAAGAAGAGGGUAAAGUUACACCCUUACACUGGAAAAGAAGCACCUCCUUCAAAAGGUGAAACCAGUGGGAACGAAAGUGAUGCUGAGUAUCUGCCAAAGAAUCGCCAUAAGCGUUUAGCACAACUACAGCAGUCUUCCAAGAGGAAUCCUCACUACCAGACCUUGGAGCGGGAUCUUAUUGAAUUACAGGAACAGCAGCUGUUUGAACUUUUUGUGGUGGUGUCUUUGCAGAAGAAGCCAUCAGGAAUAAGCUACAUUCCCCAGGUCAUACAACAGUUUCCUAGCAAGGGUGAUCAUGGCUAUAAACAAUCCAAAGACACUGAGGAGAGGCUCAAAGUUAUCCCCAAAUUUUGUUUUCCUGAUUCAAAGGACUGGGUACCAACCUCAGAACUCAAAAGUGAAACAUUCUCCUUUGUCUUGACUGGUGAAGAUGGGAGCCGGUGGUUUGGUUACUGUAAGAAGCUCUUGCCAGAAGGCAAGGGAAAGCGACUCCCUGAAGUAUACUGUAUGGUUAGUCGGCUAGGCUGCUUCAAUCUCUUUUCAAAGAUUCUAGACGAAGUAGAGAAGAGAAGAGAAAUGUCUCCAGCCCUUGUUUACCCAUUCAUGCGAAGCGUCAUAGAAGCCCCUUUCCCAGCUCCUGGACGUACCAUCACAGUUAAAAGCUACCUCCCUGGUGCUGGAGAUGAGUCCAUUGAACUCUGCCGACCACUAGAUUCCCGAUUGGAACAUGUUGACUUCGAAUGUCUCUUUAAGUGCCUGAAUGUGUGUCAUCUCAUUCGAGUCUGUGCCUCUCUCCUUUUAGAGCGGAGGGUAAUCUUUGUUGCCAAUAAUCUGAGCACCCUGUCGAAAUGUGGCCAUGCCGUGGUCGCUACUCUGUAUCCAUUCACCUGGCAGCACACCUACAUCCCAGUCCUGCCAGUGUCUAUGAUUGACAUUGUGUGCUCACCCACUCCAUUCCUCAUUGGGAUUCUGUCGUGCUCCUUACCACAGCUUCAGGACCUACCCAUUGAAGAGGUGCUGAUAGUUGAUCUCUGUGCAGACAAGUUCUUACAGGAGGUGUCUGAUGAGGAUGAAAUUCUACCACCUAAACUUCAAGCUGCCUUAAUGCAGAUUUUGGAAGAACGAAAUGAAAUCUUAGCUCAGGAGCAGAACUUUUCACAAGCAGAUGUGACUCUCAACUCCCUGGUGUCUGAAGCAUUUGUCAGGUUUUUUGUGGAGCUGGUAGGACAUUAUUCCUUGAAUAUGACUGUUACUGAGCGUGGGGAGCGUGUAUUCCAAAGGGAACCAUUCCGUAAGUCCCACACCUCCCGUAGUGUACGCCACUUCCUGGAUCUCUUCAUGGAGACUCAGAUGUUUGCAGGAUUCAUCCAGGACCGAGAACUUCGGAAAAGUGGUGUUAAAGGUUUGUUUGAAGUUCGAGCUCUCCAGUAUUUGGAGACAAUUCCUGAGUCUGAGCCUAGUGGGGUGAAUAGAAUUUUGCGGAGUAUUGGAAGUAAAAUGAAGUUUCUGCAGAAGAAAUGAAGUCUUGAUCUCCAUACUAAAUAGAACAGAAAGUGCCAAAGGAAAUAUUUUUCUAAGGAUCAGGAUGCCUUGAAGUAGUCUACAAAAUCCUUGACAUUUUAGAAGAUUAAAGAGCGAGGCAGGCUCUCAGAGGAUUCUUCUGUUGCUGCUGUAGUAAUAACUGGAAAAUUGUCAGUAGUUUCAGUCUCAAACCAGUUCUCUCUUUUGCCUCUAGAUUUUUUAGUGGCUUUUUAAAAAUUUGAUUCUUGGACGAAUUCUCUUGUGUUUUUACUUAUCUGUGAAGACAGUUAUCUUUUACAAAGGAAAGGCUUGUUGGUGUUGCAUUUAAAAAAAAAACAGCUCAAAGAUGAGUAUAAUGAGAGAUGCUGAGUUUAAGGUUCUAGAGAGGAUGAUAAAAUUGGAGAGUACUUGCCUUACAUAAUUUUCAUCAGUGAAAUAUCAUGGCAGCUUUAAACCUAUGGCCGUUUGUGCUGAAUAUAUUAAGGAAUAUACUCAUUACAUGGGUUAGUCCACUUUCUGUUGCUGUAAGUGAAGACUGCAGACUAGGUAAUUUAGCUUAUUCUGGAGGCUGGCAAGUCCAAUAAUGGAGAUGCUGCGAAUUCUCUUGGUGCAUCCUCACGUGUUGGAGGGCAUCACAUGGCAAGAGGACACAAGCUAGAAAGUUCGAUUGUGUAACAAGCCACUCCCAAGGUAGCAACAUCAUUCCAUUUAUGAGGUCAGUGCCAAUCACUUCUCAUUAGACCCCACCUUCCAGUACUGUUGCAUUCAGGAUUAUUUCCAACACAUUAAUUUGUGGAACACAUUCAAACUGUAGCAUUAUAUCUCUCUCUAUUUUUUUCUCUAGUGCUCUAUCUAGGAAAAUCUUACAUAGUAGUCCUAUUUAUUAGUACCUGCUCUUGAGUACCUUAUAACAGUAGAUUAUCUUGCAGGCCCUCUUUCACACUGUGUGAAACUUGAAUAGCUUGUCUUCCUAUGUCAACAUUAAACUUUGUGGAAUUAAAACUAAUGGGAAAAUAUCCUUUCAAGGGCAUGAGAACUACCUGUUACUUAGUGUGGAUCAUGCAGAGUAGUACAUGUAUGUAUGUCGUCUUAUCCAGUCCUUAAGUCGACUUUAUGAGAGAGAUACUUCCAUCUCCAUUUUACUAAUGAAGAAACUGGAAUUCAAAAGGAACUGGAAUUCAAAAGGUCAAUAACUUGCCCAUAGUUAUAUAUAGAAACAAGACAUAAGCCAGGACUUUUAUUUUUAUGAACACAGAGAUUAGUUAGUCCUACAGAUGGGAAUUUGAACUCUGAAGGAUUAAAACCAUUUAAAAAGUUUUCUAUUAAAUGUACAGGGCCACCUCUCAACUCUGAAGAAGGGACUUUAUAAACUAAAGAAGGGUUUUAAAGAGUCUGCCAAAACCAGACUUUUUGAUUCUUCUAGAAUUGUUUAACUUUUGCUCUAGUUAAAUUAGACUUGGAAUAUGCAUGUUUUCUUAGCAACCACUAAAUCACCCAAACCCUUAAAAUCUAAAGUAGCAGUAGUAAGUGGAAAAGGAAUUUGUUGGCGAUGAUGCAAUUUUCAUUGAUAAAUAUAGCAAAUGUCUGUUUUCUUCGACUUCUGCUGAUGGUUUUAAUUGGCAUAGAAGAUACUCAAAACUUACAAAGCCUUGUAAGUUGUAUUGUGAUACUACUGUCUUGUACAGUAUUGUCAUUAUAAUCUAUUAAGGUGUGCACGAGUGAAUCUGAAGCAGACUUGAUUUAAGACUGGUGCUGUGUAAAUAUAAUUUCUACAGAUGUGGGUCCAGAGAACAGAACUGAGCCCAUGUCUUAAAAUUUUGACUAAGCAACUUACCCCAAUGGGGCUCCUACCAGACAUUCCCAUUUGGUCUCUUGUUACACUUCAAUCCUGAGGGAACAAUUAGUAAUUGGGUGUUUAUAAAAUAAGGGUAGGAGGGUUUACUGUGGUGGAUCCUGGCAAUCCCUUUGUGAGAACUCUGCUUCAGGGAGGGGAGUCUUCCUUUAUCCCACAAUCUGAAGCUGCUUCCUUUCCUUAGGUUUGUUGUAUUUUAUUUUUGUAAAGUAUUAUAAAUUCUGGAUAUGUUUAUAAAAGAAUCACUCAAGAUAUGUACAAAAUGUUGUUUAUAGGUCUUUUAAUGAAUAAACAUAAAAAUCCCACAAAUCUCUUGGAGA